AUGCUGAAAUAUUUAGCUGUCAUUUGUCUUGUAUUUUUUAGUUGUCAUCUUGUGGCUGCAAAAUUGCAAGUUACACCAAAUAAUGAACGUGGCAUCAAGGUAGCAAAUGGUCAAACUGCUGGUGAACACGAAUUUCCUUUCAUUGUUUCCAUUCAAAAACAACUUUCGUCCGGAGCUUUCGAACAUCUCUGUACAGGAAGUAUCCUAUCGAGUACAUUUGUAUUGACAGCUGCUCACUGUUUAGACUCAUCUACAACACUUGUUGUUGUUUACGGAACUUAUGAUAAUACAUGUUCAGAUAAUUGUAAAUACAUCAAAGUCAAAAAUCAAAUUGCUCAUCCUUCCUAUCAGAAAGGAACAGAAAGAAAUGACAUUGCUGUAUUUGAACUUGAAAGUGCAUUGCCAAUUGAUGAUUCAACUGUUAGUACAGUUUCUAUUGAUGCAAAUUCAAUUGCAAUUCAUGAUGAGGAAAGUGAUUCUUCUAGAUUAGUUUUAAUUUCUGGUUGGGGAGCUUUGAAUUCUAACUUGGAUUAUCCUAAAAAGUUACAAAAGGCAUCUGUUCCAAUUGUUAAAAUGUCAUAUUGUAAUAAUUUGAAUUUGGGUGGAGUUAAUAUUGAACAAAUUUGUGCAGGAGCUGGAAAUG